UAAACAGCCCCGCUAGUGGGUCAACACUCAGUCAGGACUUCAGACACUUCCCCCCCAAGCUAAGCUAAAUACAAUGUCCAAGAUGGGCAGGAUUGUCUUCUACGAGGACAAGAACUUCCAAGGCCGCCGCUACGAGUGCGACAGCGACUGCUCCGACUUCCACACCUACCUGAGCCGCUGCAACUCCAUUCGCGUGGAGAGUGGCACCUGGGUGGUCUACGAGCGCCCCAACUAUAUGGGCUACCAGUACGUGCUGACCAGAGGGGAGUAUCCAGAGUACCUACGCUGGAUGGGCCUCAACGAUCGGCUCAGCUCCUGCAAAAUGAUCCACUUUACAAGCGGAACUCAGUACAAGGUGCAGCUGUAUGACAAGGCGGACUUUGCGGGUCAGGCCUUCGAGGCCACUGAGGACUGCCCAUCUGUUCUGGAGCGCUAUCGGCUGAGAGAGGUGCACUCCUGCAAGGUCCUGGACGGCUACUGGGUCUUCUACGAGCACCCCAACUACCGUGGCCGGCAGUACUUCCUAGAGAAGGGCGACUACCGCAAGCCUGUGGACUGGGGUGCAGUCUGUCCCACCGUCCAGUCCUUCCGCCGCCUCACCGAGUGAACCGUCACCUCUCCGGGGCUGAUGCCCUAUAUGACCUCCGACCUCCACUGCUCUCCUCCAAAUAACGAUAUGCUGAUGCCCCGUCCUUCAUCAUUUGAGCUCUUUGGCUGUUACUUAAACUGAGGUCCUGGUUGAAAUAAAGAUUGGCUGGCAAGUCAGUGGAGUCGUA